UCCGUUCUACUCUGCGCUGGUUAGGCCUCAGCUGGAGUAUUGUGUCCAGUUCUGAGCACCGCAUUUCAAGAAAGAUGUGGGGAAAUUGGAGAGGGUCCAGAGAAGAGCAACAAGAAUGAUUAAAGGUCUAGAGAACAUGACCUAUGAAGGAGGCUGAAAGAAUUGGGUUUGUUUAGUUUGGAAAAGAGAAGACUGAGAGGGGACAUGAUAGCAGUUUUCAGUGUGUUGUCCCACAGUGCUUUUCAGCUAGAGGCAUCACUAAGCACUUUGCAUAUUCUCCACACAGUGAGUACUUACUACUGAAAUGCGCCCAGCUCCAGGGUGGAAUGCAGCAGUUGUGUACCAGGAAGAACGGCGCAACAAGUGUUGCAGGAAGCCCAGGUGCCCAGUGCCGUGCUCGCUGGGACUGGCUGUGGGGGUGGCGCUGGGCAGGAAAGGCGCCAUGUGGGUCGGGUGUGCCAGCAUCAUGGGCUGGUUCCUUUUCAUCCAGACAGUGCCCAGGGUGGCAGGUAGUCGUCCCUGCAGCCCCCAGUAUUUUGGCCAUGGCUUGAUGGCGUGUGAGUGCAAUGCCACCUAUUGUGACAUGCUGGACCCCGUUGUCAUCCCGGCCCUGGGCACGUACGCCAAGUAUGAGAGCAGCAAGAUGGGCAAGCGGCUGGAGCGCAGCGAGGGGAGGUUCCAGAGCGACUCCACGGCCCCAGAUCUGUUGCUGAAGCUGGACACGGCACAGCGGUACCAGAAAGUGAAGGGCUUUGGUGGCUCCGUCACAGACUCAGCCGCGAUGAACAUCCUGUCCCUGUCCAAGGAGACCCAACGCCACCUGCUCGCAUCCUACUUCACGGAGGAAGGGAUCGAGUACAACCUGCUCCGCAUCCCCAUGGCCAGCUGUGACUUCUCCACCCACCCCUACAGCUAUGACGACACCCCCUACGACUACCAGCUCCUCAACUUUACCCUGAAGGAUGAGGAUACAAAGCUGAAAAUCCCCAUUCUCCACCAAGCCAUGGCCUUGUCCAAGAAGCCACUGUCCCUGGUCGCUAGUCCCUGGUCAUCCCCAGUCUGGAUGAAAACCAACGGGGAGAUGAAAGGGAAGGGAAGUCUGAAGGGGAAGCCAGGGGACAAGUAUCACAAGACCUGGGCCAACUACUUCAUCAGGUUCCUGGACGAAUACGCCAAGCACAACCUGACGUUCUGGGCGGUGACGGCACAGAACGAGCCCACAGCUGGACUGAUAAACAACUACCCCUUCCAGUGCCUGGGCUUCACUGCCGAGCACCAGCGAGACUUCAUCGCCCAGGACCUAGGUCCGGCGCUGGCCAACAGCUCGCACAAGGGCACCCAGCUCAUCAUGCUGGAUGACAACAGAAUGCUGCUCCCACGCUGGGCCAAAGUGAUACUGGGUGACCCAAAUGCUGCUCGCUACGUCCAUGGCAUCGGCGUCCACUGGUACCUGGAUUUCAUCGCUCCCGUAGAGGACACCUUGUUACCGACCCAUGACCUCUUCCCUGAUUACUUCAUCUUGGCCACAGAGGCCUGCAUUGGGUCCCACUUCUGGGAGAGGGACGUUAUCCUGGGCUGCUGGGAUCGGGGGAACCAGUACAGCCACAGCAUCCUGACGGACCUGAACAACUUUGUCACCGGCUGGAUCGACUGGAACCUGGCCCUGGACCUGGAGGGGGGGCCCAACUGGGUCCAGAACUACGUGGACAGCCCAGUCAUCGUGGACAGGAAAAAGGAUCUCUUCUACAAGCAGCCCAUGUUCUACCACCUGGGGCAUUUCAGCAAGUUCAUCCCCGAGGGCUCGCAGCGCAUCGGGCUGGUUGUCUCCAAGAAGAGCUGCAAGUGCAGCAUGGAAUACGCAGCCUUCCUGCGCCCGGAUGGCGCUGCUGUGGUUGUGGUCCUGAACAGGUACUCCACAGACGUCCCAUUCAGGAUCUCAGACCCAGGCGUUGGCUUCAUUGAGGCUGUGGCUCCGGCUGACUCCAUCCAGACCUACCUGUGGAGACGGCAGGACUGACAACUAAUCAACUUCUGCAGAGAGUUCUGUACACAACGGCUGGCUGCCAUCUCCUUUGGCUCAGUGGCAGCAAAGCUGAAAGUGCCCUCAGCAAAGAUGCUAUCUUUCAGAAUGACCCAUGGUAAAUGAAGCCAACCUGCCCUUAGGGAUGCUGGUGGGGCUGGACAGCAGAGAGACUGUCAGUCCUAAAGAAACAAAUGGCUUUGAAAAGCUCCUUGUUUCACCCAAUCUGCUCACCAGGGAGGGGAACAGGAGGAAGCUUCAGAGUGGACAUGGGCUUGCAUGCACACAGAGGAGUGUGAGGUGAACCGGGUGUGAGCAAGGGACUCG